AUUCAAGAUGAGAUCCAUCAAUAUUAUAACAUAGUUAUAUUACAGGUAUGCGAUUUAUUAUUUUAGCACGGCGCUAUACGAAGACGAAACAGCGACUCCGGUGUAAUCGAUUUGAAAACCGGUAAAACCGUUAUCCGUCCUUAUAAAGUGCAAAUUGUAGUCGCAGUAUCUAUAAGCUAAGAAUUUAGAAGAAAAAAAAUUCAUCAUAAUCACAACCGCAGAGCGACACUAGCAGUCAAGCCUCAGCAGAGUAAAAAAUGGUUUCACGCAUCGGCUACGUUCAAGUGAGAAAUACAAGACUCGGUGCGGUAGUUGAGGUAUUUGUACUGGUGGCAGUUGUCGGGCUGAUCACGCAAUCGUUCGCAGACGACACAAAAGUCCACGAUAAAAGACAGUUGGAAAACGAAUGGGCAUCCACGUCGAAAAAAAACCACAAAGGACCAAACACGUACGAAUUUAGAUACGACGUAGAAAAUGCGCCAACAAACAACAUCCAAUACCGUAUGGAAGAACGUCAUCCCAACGGGAGCGUUGUGGGAAGUUAUGGGCAAGUCCAACCUGAUGGUAAAAUUAGAGUGGUGUCCUACGUUGCGGACAAAGAAGGUGUCAAGACUUACGUCAAGGACAAUGGCGGUGUCGAUCAGUACGUGGCCGAAGGAUCUAGCCUAGACCCCGUGCAGCGAGUCACAUCGCAGAUCAUAGAGACGGCUGUGAAGUCACAACCACACAAGUCGCCGUUGUACGACAAGUAUCACCGGCCAACGCCUAGUACCGCAGCCGCGGCCGGCCAACGGGUGGACUCAGCACACUCGUAUCACCAGCAGAGGACCAACAUAGAUCCGGCUACAUUCCGGCCGGAAGACUCGCCUGGCUUCCAGGAAACCAAUCAGCCGUUUGUCGGUGACCAGCUCAAGGACAAGUUGCAGUCGUCUUACGCCGAGUACCAAGUCGCUCCUAAUUCUCAGCUGCAACCAACGCCACAGCAACUGGCCCAAAAUUCCGCGCCCCUACCGCCCGUGGUCCCAUAUAGCCUGCAGCAGGGCGCCGUGCCUGCCCAGCAGCCGUCGCACUACGUGCUAAACGUGCCGCCCCUGCCCGCUCUAGCCGACAACUCCCCACUGCCACUGCUGCCUGGCCAACAGCCGCUGCCCAUCACACCUGAUAGGGGGCCCAUCAUGAUACAACUCCAACAACCGCAGCAGCAGCAGCCACCGGUGCCGCUGUCCAACUAUCAGCAACAACAACACUACCAGCAGUAUCCACCCGCACAUUCGCAUCAACAGCAGUUGAGGUUGCCACAGGGCCAACAGCAGUUGCUUCAACCCAGUCAAGUGCAACAAUACCAACAGCAGCCGGUGAGGGUACAGCCGCCAGUGCAUCUACAACAACAGGUCCAGUUGAUGCCGCAUCAGCAGCAGGCCGUCCAAUAUCAGCCGCAACAGGCCAGAGUGGUGCCGCAGCAUGCUCUACCGCCUCAAAACAUUCAGCAGCAACAGCAACAGCAGCAGCAGCAGAUACAGCAGCAGCAGCAGCAGCAACAACUGCAGCUGCAACUGCAACAACAGCAACAACUGCAAAAGAUCCCGUACCAGCAAUCGGUCAUGCAACAGCAGUACCCGCAGCAGGUCAACAUACCGGCACGUCCAUCGCAGCUGCAGAUCAAAGGCAACGUACAGCAGCACCACGCGACGGUACCGAUGCAAUUCUUUCACCAGCCAAAUCCGGCCACCACGAUGGAACAGUACCGUCAGCAGUUGCAACUGCAGGCCGCCGAAUCGCAGAUGUUUCCGGUCUUCGUGUUGCCGCCGACCGAUAGGAUUUUCGAUUUCGGAAGAAAGCGUUUCCGGUUUUAGGGACAUUUUCAUUUUAUAUAAUAUAGCAAUAAACGCGUGUACUGUUAAGGUUUGAUUUUUUCACACUGAUCGUCCUAGUGUGUGUGUAUGUACAAACAAAUUAUUACAAAAUAUGUUAUAUAUAAAUUAAACCUAC